AAAUGGAAUCCUGGCUUUUUGAGAUCGAUUACUGUAAAAAUGAUGUGGUUGAGACCUUGAACAACUUACAUGAAUGGAUGAAACCAGAGAAGGUGAAGAAGGGUUUAAUGAAUUUGAUGGACAAAGCUUAUAUCCAACGGGAGCCAUUUGGUGUGUCUUUGAUUAUAGGAGCUUGGAACUACCCUGUACAACUCACUAUCAUGCCUUUGAUAGGAGCAUUAGCAGCAGGAAACUGUGUUGUUAUAAAACCAUCCGAGGUUUCCCCAGCAACAGCAGAUGCUCUGGAGCAGGUCCUUCCCAAGUACCUGGACAAUGACUGCAUCAAAGUAAUCAACGGAGGUGUCCCCGAGACCACAUCCCUCCUGGCCGAGAGGUUUGAUUUCAUCUUCUACACAGGAAGUACACCAGUCGGGCGCAUUGUUAUGCAGGCUGCCACUAAAUAUCUAACACCUGUGUGCCUGGAACUUGGGGGUAAAAGCCCAGUGUAUGUUGACCGCAACUGUGACCUUACUACUGUUGCCAACAGAAUAUUGUGGGGCAAGACUUGCAACUCUGGGCAGAUCUGCAUUGCCCCAGAUUACGUCAUGUGUCAGAAAGACAUCCAGGAUGAGUUGGUGUCAAAGUUGAAGGAGUCCAUUGCUAUGUUCUAUCCUGAAGGUAUCGAAAAGUCUUCAGACUAUUGUCGCAUAGUCAAUGAUCGCCACUUUCAGCGCCUCAAGAAAUUGGUAGAUGGCUCUAAAAACAUCGCAAUUAGAGGACCAAUGGAUGAGAAAGAUAACUUCAUGGGUCCAGUGGUUGUGACUGAUGUCACCCCUGAUGAUAUCACCAUGCAAGAUGAGAUAUUUGGACCUGUCCUCCCUAUUAUGCCGGUGAAGGAUGCUGAUGCUGCUGUAGAUUACAUCAAUAAUAGGGAGAAGCCACUGGCUAUGUAUGUAUUCAGUAACAACAAAGAGACUGUGGAAAACUUCGCCAACAACACCAGCAGUGGAAGUCUCUGUGUUAACGAUGUUCUCAUGCAAGCAGGGUUGUCAUCUCUACCAUUUGGAGGAGUUGGAAACAGUGGCACAGGAAAUUAUCAUGGAAAGUUUUCAUUCGAAACAUUUUCACAUCGAAGGUCUGUUCUACUGAAAGGGCUCAAAAUGGAAACAGUAAAUGGUUUGCGCUACCCUCCUUUCACUGACAAGAAGCUAAGUACUAUAACCUGGUUGGCUACCAAGAAACUUAAAAAAGUGGGAUUGUCAUCCUUUUUGCCUUAUUUCAUCUUUGGAACAAUAAUAGCAGUGGUUAUAAAGAUGAUUGGAUUGGACAAGAUAUUGUCCUCCUUCAAGUAAGAGUGUCGGAACGCACAGCAGUAGUCUGAGAUAAUCUUAAGGUGCAAACAUUAUAUUAUAUUCUGUAUAAGUAUAUACCUAUAUGAGUAUGUCCCUCUAGAAACGUUUAUGAUUAUUGUGUAUUGAAAAAUAUAUUUAUUGAUUUUUGAUUGUUAAUGUCAGAGAAUGAAUUUAUAUGUUCUGGUGUAAGUUUGUAUUUAAUAUUGAUGUACAAUGAUUAAUUAAUAAAUAUACAUUAUGUAUAUUUUUAUCAAAUAGCCAA